AUGUCCAAGGUAAUUGGUGCAAUCUCAAAUUUCCGCGACAAAAUCUCUCACCACAAGCAUGAGCUGGGUGACACGUUGUCUAAUCACAAUGGAAGACACCGCCGAGGAGGGCCUGAAGAUGACGUUGCUCGCAUGAUCGAACAAGAAGUACAGUGGUCGAGCGAGGAUGAGGAGGAAGAGAAGAGGGGAGAAACCGGACAGCUGCGUCAUGGCGAGGCAAUGAAAAGCCUGGACGACUUCUUGGACAACGAUGACCCUCCCGAAGCAAAGAGAUACUACGGCAAGCUGCCACUGGUGCAAUCUCAAGACGAGGCUUUCGAUAACGACGCGUGGCGGGCGCAAUGGACCUCACUCGCAGACGUUGAUGCCAGCUUUAUCGGCAAGGAGAUCACUUUUCGCACUCGGAUCCACAUCGUUCGCCAUAUGAGCGCAAAGCUGGCUUUCGUGCUCUUUCGCCAGGAGACCACCACGAUACAAGGCGUGCUCAGGGCAAAAGACGGCGGCGUCUCGGAGAAUAUGGUCCGUUGGGUCGAACACAUGCGACCAGGUUCUAUCGUGGUCGUACGGGCGAAAGUCAAAGAGCCCGAACAGACGGUCAAGAGCGCAAGCGUUUCAAGCGUAGAAUUUGAGAUCGAACAGAUGUAUCUGAUCUCGGCAAGAACGGCUCCUGUGCCCUUCAGUGUAUACGACGCUGACGCGGGGACUGACGGCCACUCCGUAUCCGAUCGGGUCAGGCUCGCCAAUCGCAUACUCGAUUUACGAACACCGUCCACACAGGCAAUCUUCCGAGUUCAGUCGGCUGUUUCCAGGACUUUCCGACACUAUCUGGAGGACCGUGGCUUUCUGGAGAUCCAUACACCAAAGCUCCAAGGCGGCGCUACUGAAGGUGGAGCGGAUGUCUUCAAGCUCGAUUACUUUGGGCGGCCGGCGUUUCUGGCUCAGAGUCCACAGCUUGCCAAACAAAUGUGUAUCUCGGCAGAUUUCCCUCGUGUCUUUGAGAUUGGCCCUGUCUUCCGUGCUGAAAACUCGAACACGCCUCGCCACAUGACCGAGUUCACGGGAUUGGACCUGGAAAUGGCCAUAGAGAGGCACUAUCAUGAAGCGAUGUGGUUGAUUGACGCGACACUCAAGGAGAUCUUUAAAACACUUUAUGACCGCAACAGAAAAGACAUUGAUACCCUGAAAACUCACUUCCCACACGACGACCUGGUCUGGCUGGACGAGACACCGAGGGUCACAUUUGCAGAAGGAGUCAAAUUGCUCAACGAAUCGGGCUGGACCAAUGACGACGGAAGUCAACAAUCUGAGCAUGAUGACUUACCGACGCGAGCCGAACGAAGACUUGGGGAGCUAGUCAAGGAGAAAUACCACACCGAUUAUUAUAUCCUCGACAAGUUCCCUGCCGCCGCUCGUCCUUUCUACACGAUGCCAGAUCCCCAAGACAACAACUUCACAAAUUCUUUCGACUUUAUGGUUCGCGGGCAAGAAAUCCUUUCAGGCGGACAAAGAAUCCACGAGCAUACGCUCUUGAAAGAGCGUAUGGAAGCUCAAGGUAUGGAUCCGGAGGACCUGAAGGAAUAUGUGCAAGCUUUCGAGUGGGUAGCACCGCCGCACGCCGGAGCUGGUAUCGGUCUCGAACGGCUAGUCACUCUUAUCCUGGACCUGGGCAACUUGCGCUACGCGUCCCUGUUUCCUCGCGACCCUAAAAGUUUUCCCGCGAAAAAGGAACCGAACCUGCGACAUCCUGAGGACAGUACUCUGCAACGUCCCAAGGGCCAUCUCCAGCCACUGGAGAACCUGGUGGCGAAUUAUGGCGAUGCCACAAACACUUCGUGGAUGGACGAGAGGUUUCAGGUCUGGCGGGAUGACAAGACUGGCGCCGCAAUCGCUUACGUCCCCACGCACGACCGAGCAAUCGUUGCCGGAAACCCGCUCUGUGAAACGAAACAGCUUGAAGACGUGAUUACCGCAUUCCUGAAGUGGCUUCGGCGAGAGACUCGGCUCCGGCCUCUCUUUAUUCUUGUCGACAAGGAUGUCGAAGAGGUCCUCGGCGACAAGCUGGGAUGGAAGAGCUUCACCAAUGUGGCAGAGCAGCGGGUCAACCUUGCUAACAACGAGCACUUGACCAUCAGCAGCGAUGUCGACCGAAAGAUCAGGCACGCCUCGAAGGAAGGCGUAAAGGUGACUGAAUACGGCAGCGACGUGCCGGAGGACGUGCGCCAACAAGUCGAACAGCGCGUCAAGGAGUGGCAGGACAAUCGAGAGGGCGCACAGGUCCACCUGAGCGUGAUCACUCCGUUCAAGGACGCCUCUCAUCGUCAGUACUUCAUCGCCAAGGACGACGAGGGCAAAAUUCACAGCCUGGUGGUCCUUGCGCAACUCUCACCCCGAUGGGGAGUACAGGUGAAGUGGGCAUUGGACUUUCCCGGAGCGAGCAACGGAGCCAUUGAGUUGACGGUGCAGGCCGCACUCAAAGCCGCAGCAAAGGCGGGCUACAAGACGUGCACAUUCGGCGCGGGCGCAACAGCCAAACUGUCCAGCGAACACAACGUCGGCGGCGCCAAGGCCGCUACACUUGACUCGCUAUACCAGACCCUCGCGGCCAAGUUCAAUCUGGACAAGAAGACGGGCUUCCGGACCAAAUUUAACACCCUCGACGACCCGCUCUUCCUGUGCUAUCCACCCAGAGGAUUGGGGCCGAAGGGUGCCCGAGCUAUCAUCGACUUCUUCCAAGGGGAGGAAUAG